AUGCAAACAGUGCCACCCAUCAAUCAGAAACGAACACUUGCAUUUCUCAACCACUUCAUCAUUGAGACAGUGAAUUUUCUCAACAAGUUUGCUGAAGCAUGCGAAGUGAAAUUAGAAGAUAUGAAUAGAAGACUGGUACAAGUGGAAACCUGCCUCAGCAUCUUAGAAGCCAAGUUGAGUUCUAUCCCUGGUCUGGAGAAAGAAAAACAAAGCAGUGAUCCAUGUGAAUUAUCUGCAGAGCCCCUUCCUAAUGGGGACACAAAUAAAGGGAAUCAAAUUACUUCAGUAGAAGCAGAUGGUGCAGAAGCAAGAAUCAAAUAUCAUGAAUCAGUUGAGAUAAUAGAGAAGCCAAUAUCUGUGACUCAAGAGAAGCCCCCUGCAGACCCUCGACUGGCAAAAUACCUCAAGAUGCUCCAAGUUGGAAUUCCAUUGCCUGCUGUCCGCCAGAAGAUGGCUAUGGAAAAUAUUGAUCCUAGCCUACUUCAGUAUGUCCCCUGCAUUCUCAACACAUUUAUCCAAAAGUUGCAGCACAGGAAGAAGCAGAAGCAUCAGCUGCACCCACAGAACCUGAAGUCUUGGGGCCCAGAUCACAAUCUAGCUCAUCUUCUGAAGCUUCUUCUUUCUCCAGCACCAGUGAUGAGUAAAUUCUUGGAAGAUAAUCACCUUCAACUUACGAAGGAUAAGGAUGCCGAAGUGGCUGUGAACAAAGCCGAAGAGAAAGCGGGAGGCGAUGCGUCCGACUUGAAGGGCAAGAAACGGGCGGCAGAGGAGGCGGAGUCGGAGCACAAGAAAUUGAAAAAGUCCGAAGAGAACGGAGAGGACGGUGGGGAGGAGGAAGAAGAAGUGGAAGGGGAAGACGACGACGAGGGUGACGAGGACGAAGUACCUGAAGGAGAGGAAGACCUCGAUGAAGAAGCGGAAGGAGAUGACGAGGAUGUGGACGGAGGGGAAGAAGAAGGCGAGGGAGAGGAAGAUGAGGAAGCAUAGGUGAAUAAACAAUCCCUGAGAGACGAUCAUUUUCCCAUCCGGCCCUGUGAUCUAGGAGCGGCUGGGAAAGUAAGUGUGUGGUGAUGGAACACAAGAUUGAACAAGGUCAAGGCAGAAAAUAAAAUUCAACCUGGCAAGAUUGUGGAAGUGUUUGCAGCUCCUUUUUGGGUCGAUAUCUCACGGCAAUGUGAUUGAUUGAUGGACUGAUUGAUGGGAUCUACGAUCUGAUCAGUCUUUCCCAACCAGCAACUCCUUUAUCUCAGGAGAGAAGAAGAAACAAAAACAUUCUCUGCUGUGUGACCUCUCUCAUUUCCACCAGUAUCGAAUUCGCCAAGUUCUUCAAUGUAAUCUAUUGUGUGUACAGGGAACACAAUAAAUAAAACAAAAAAACGAACCUCUUUUUUCUUCUCGAUGUGGUAAAUUAGAUCUAGGGAUGGGGAUCCUUUUUUUUUUGCAACCCAGGUGUUCUUGGUAUUCCUUAAAAGAAAGGUUUCUUCAUGUAUUCAUCAAUGAUGAAUGUCUCGUUCAUCCUCUACCAUCCCUUCAUGCUAUUUUUACAGUAUUUGUUGGUCAUUCAUUUAUUUAUUGAUUGUCUCAAUUCCCGGAAAGUGAUACAAAUACUUCAAAAUACUUCACACAAAAACGUCCUGUUCUAUUUUUGGUUCUCUCCUUCCAUGGUCUCUUGUCCUGGUUAUUCUUUCCUCUGUGUUGUGGUCUUUUGUGAUGUUCGACAACCAUUGAAACUUGGCCGUAGUGCGAUGAAUUUUGACGAGGUUUUUGUACAAAAAAAGAAAGUUGUUUUCACCAACGACUGAAUA